ACCUCUCCCUCUGUGCCUCUCUGUCCUGACUCCUCCCUUAUUUUAGGCUGGUGUCCUCACAGCCUGCCCACAUCUUCUCCUCUUCUAACCAAAUUUUUCUACUCAACUCUGUCUAUUAGUUCUUGCAAAAAGCUCAGACAGUUGCAGCCUUUUACUUCAGGACAGAAUGCCUUUUGGAGGAGGAAACAAGUGUGGCUGCUGCCAGAAAACUGUCUACUUUGCUGAGGAAGUGCAGUGUGAAGGGAAGAGCUGGCAUAAAUCCUGUUUUCUGUGCAUGGUCUGUAAAAAGAACUUGGACAGCACGACUGUGGCUGUGCAUGGAGAUGAGAUCUACUGCAAGUCGUGCUAUGGCAAGAAAUAUGGACCAAAAGGCUACGGAUUCGGAGGAGGAGCAGGAACCCUGAGUAUGGACACAGGAGAAGGACUUGGAAUCAAACCUGAAGUACAAGCUCCUCACCGACCUACAAAUAAUCCCAACGCCUCCAAAUUCGCCCAGAAAUCAUCAGGGUCAGAAGUGUGUCCACGAUGUGGGAAAACAGUGUACGCAGCAGAGAAGGUUGUUGGUGGAGGCAAUUCGUGGCAUAAGGGCUGUUUUCGCUGUGCUAAGUGUGGUAAAGGCCUGGAGUCCACGACCCUUGCUGACAGGGACGGAGAGAUCUACUGCAAAGGGUGCUACGCAAAGAACUUUGGCCCAAAAGGCUUCGGUUUCGGGCAGGGUGCAGGAGCUCUGGCUCAUUCACAGUGAAGCCGGAGGCCGCAGCCAACGAGGGACUGACAGCUGGUGUCCUCUGAUAUUGCAGCUUCCUGGGUCUUUGCAUCGAUUUCUAACCUUUCACUUUUCGCUGUAGGCAGUCGGCAAUGAUUCACAAAAGAAAUGGCUUUUUUUUACCCGCUUACCAGGCAGACUGGGGUGCUUUGGAGGGAGGUGCACAUGAGCUAAACACUUAAAAAAGCUGAAAUUUGUCUGUUUUUUUAUUAGUAUAAUGUGUUUCACUUCAGUGUUUAAUGAUGUGGUAUGAAAAUUAAAGAUUAUAGCUGCAAUGUGAACAUGUGGUGUUUUUAAUUAAUAUUGAAAAUAUUAAAGGGAGUAUGAAUAAAUAGAAAUCAAUGUAUGUCCAACGCUGAUUGAAGAUAGUAGGUUAUGCUUCAGGUGAUCAAAAUAAAGUCUUGCACAUAUUGCUUUGCCUUUCAGUUAGUGUACUAACGGGUAAGUAUUUAAAAGUAUUAUCUGCAUAUGUUUUGACAAAAAGUUAUGUUUUGCAAAACAAGCAUAUAAUUCUUCUCUGACACCAAUUUCCUGUGACUCGUAAGAAUACGAGUCACAUAAAUCUGUAUUUGAGUUGUUGGGUGUGCUUGUGGCUCUUCUGAAUUUUGACCCACGUUGUGACUGAAAGCAAGUUGUUGUAGUGAACAAUAAAGUCUUAGUGUUCUGCUCCA